GUCUAGUCCUCUCCAAGCGACUUGCGUUUGUUUAGAUUAACGGGUACCUUCUUUAGCGCUGAACUCUCAAGCGCAGCUAAAGCUCGGAAGUUCUGCUAGAUUUCCAAUCUGGGAUCACUUUGCUGCAACUCUAGAGCACCCUGCAUAUCUACCUUGUUGGUUGCACUUCUACCGACCCCUAGAUGGCCCUUCUCUGACCACCGGUUCAGCCUCUCCCGCCAGGGAGGGGCUGCUUUUUUCUUCACCUGAAAGGUUCAGCCAGCCCAGCGGUUUCGAUGUGAGGGAGGUACAAGAGCCUAAACCAGGGUUGCACGGUGAAACCUGACUCCCUUGUACAUUCCAGACUGCCAUUCUAUGGCCUCAGACCCAGGGCCAAGGUCUGUUGACAUAACAGGACAGAGGGCCACAGAUGAACAAACACCUUGAAUCAGAGGAGUCUGGGAAUCAGAAACCGGAGCAGCAGGUCACCAGGAGUUGGGGCCACAGGCCUAGGAGAGCCCUGGACAGGGCUGAGGCCAUGGCCCCCUCACCAGCACCACUGGCUGCCAGCACCCCACUCUUGCAUGGCGAGUUUGGCUCCUACCCGGCUCGAGGCUCACGAUUUGCCCUCACCCUCACAUCACAGGCCCUGCACAUACAGCGGCUGCUCCCAAAGCCUGAAGCCCGACCCCGGGAUGGCCUUGUCCCCCUGUCUGUGAUCUCAGGCUGCUGCACUCUGCGAAGCCACAGUCCCUCAGACUCAGCGGCCUACUUGUGCAUCUAUACCUACCUGCGGGGCCGGCGCGGGGGCCGCCGCCGAGCUGCCCGAACCUUUCAGGCCGAUGGGGCUGCAACCUAUGAGGAGAACCGUGCAGAGGCCCAGCGCUGGGUCACUGCCCUAAUGAGUCUGCUCCGAGGAUUGCCACUGCCUGGGGAAGAGGAGAUCACCCCUGAGCUCCUGCCACGGCCACCCCGGUUGCUACUCUUGGUCAAUCCCUUUGGGGGACGGGGCCAGGCCUGGCAGUGGUGUGAGAGCCACGUGUUGCCCAUGAUUUCCGAAGCUGGGCUGUCCUUCAACCUCAUUCAGACAGAACGACCUAACCAUGCCCGGGAGCUGGUCCAGGGACUGAGCUUGAGUGAGUGGGACAGUAUCGUCACCCUCUCAGGAGACGGGCUGUUCUAUGAGGUGCUGAAUGGGCUCUUAGAUCGCCCAGACUGGGAGCAGGCAGUGAAGAUGCCCUUGGGGAUCCUCCCCUGCGGCUCGGGCAACGCGCUGGCUGGAGCUGUAAACAGGCAUGGAGGGUUUCCACCUGCCCUGGGCCUGGACCUGCUGCUCAACUGCUCCCUGCUGCUUUGCAGGGGUGGCAGCCACCCACUGGACCUGCUCUCUGUGACACUGGCCUCAGGCGCCCGCUGUUUCUCCUUCCUCUCUGUGGCCUGGGGCUUUGUGUCGGAUGUGGACAUCCAGAGCGAGCGCUUCCGAGCCCUAGGCAAAGCCCGAUUCACACUGGGUACAGUGCUGGGCCUCGCCGCAUUGCGCAGCUACCACGGACGUCUCUCCUACCUCCCCACCACUGUGGAGUCAGCCUCACCUGGCCCUGCCCAAGGCCUGCCCCGGGCAAAGUCAGAGCUGACCUUGGCCCCGGCCCCACCUCCGACUGUGGCACACUCCCCCUUACACCGCUCAGUGUCUGACCUUCCCCUGCCUCUUCCCCUGCCCCAGACUGCCCUGGCCUCUCCCAGCUCACCUGAGCCCAUGCCUGUGCAGUCCCUCAAUGGUGGGGUCCCAGAGCUGGCGGGGGACUGGGGUGGCCCUGGGGAAGCUCCACUGUCCCCAGACCCACCCCUGUCCCAGCCCUGUGGCUCUCCCAAGGCAACUACGCUGUCUCCUAUCACAGAAGGGCGCCCAGAAACGCCAACAGCCUGUGGGCUCCCGCCCCACACCCCUGCUGCACCAGCAGCUUCUACUGAGGGCCCAAAGGACCAUCUGCUGCCACCGUUGGGUAGCCCACUGCCCCCAGGUUGGGUGACACUGGAGGGAGACUUUGUGCUGGUGUUGGCCAUCUCCCCGAGCCACCUGAGCGCUGAUAUGCUGGCGGUCCCCCAUGCGCGCUUUGACGACGGUGCGGUGCACCUGCUGUGGGUGCGGGGUGGAGUUUCGCGGGCUAUGCUUCUGCGCUUAUUCCUGGCCAUGGAGCACGGGAGCCAUUUCAACCUGGGCUGCCCACAGGUCGGCUAUGCCCCGGCCCGUGCCUUCCGUCUGGAGCCGCUCACGUCCCGUGGCUUGCUCACGGUGGAUGGAGAGCUGGUGGAGUACGGGCCACUGCAGGCGCAGAUACACCCGGGUCUCGGUACUUUGCUCACAGGGCCUCCAGGCUGCACCGGGCAGGGACCCUGAAUCCACUGGGAAUGCGCCAGUGACAGGACCCAGGCUACAGCGUGGCCUGAUUGCUAGAGUUGGGGCGGCGCCCCCUAAGUGCAAGGGUCCGGGACCUGCCAUCAGGGAACCGGAAGUGAUGCUGGAGGGUGGUCCGAUCUCAUCCCCUGGGUAGUGCCUGACUGGUGAGGGCUCAGUUUGCGCUGAGGGGGACGCUAAAUUGGUCCUCACUUUGCCUCCAGGUCGCCGCGGGUCUGGGCGGCUGAGGGUAGAGACUGCCUCACACAUUGUCCAAUGAUGGGACCUGGAAUGUACGAGCUGGGGGAGGCCGUAGUUAAUUGGCCAUGCAGGACUGGGUCUCGCCCUAUCCACUCUGGUGCCUCCACUUAACUGGCCAAUCAGCCUAAGGGGCGGGUCCCCGAGUCUGACUGAUUUGCACUAAUACCGCCCCCUACGGGUGGGGACGGGGAAAUUCACUUCUGUGUCCUGUUACCCUCUGUCCCCAAUUUAAAAAGCAAUUGAAAAGGUCUAUGCAAUAAAGGUAGUCGCUUCAUUUCUA